CAGCAUUCUUAUCAUACUUUUGUGUUUUGCAGGUAGUUCCAGUUGAAUAUAACUGUUACCCUCUCCAGUGGAACACACCAACAGGAAGCUGCCUUGUAUUUGCACGUAAGGAUGUAAACCCUAAAGUCCAACCAGUUACAAAGCCAGCACCAGGAAUUAGUCAUGCAGCUGUUUGUGAAACUACAGGCAUCUAGGAAAUUACAACAGAAAAAAAUAAUGUGUAUUUCCAGAACUACAUGAUGUUUGUGUCUUGGUCAGAUCAGACCAACAUUCUCAUCUACCGGACAUUUGAGGACUUUAAGAGAUUCCAUAAAGAGCUGAAGAGAAAAUUCCCCAUUGAGAGUGGCUCGCUCAAGAGAUCUGACAGGACACUGCCCAGGUUUAAAGAUGCAAAUGCAAAGCAGAGGAGGAGUGCGAAGCCAGACAGGUGCCUGGAGAUCCUGAAACUGCUGGAAACUUAUUCCCAGGAGCUGCUGAAAACAGCUGCCAAAAUCUCCCAGGGUGAAGAUGUGAUUCAGUUUUUCAAGGCACAGACCCAAGACCUUGAUCCCUCCUUUCCUGAGAAUAGUGUUGUGAUCAUGCCAUCAGACAUUGGAGGGGAGAAGAAAGCCCAGUCACAGCAGCGGCAGCAGCAGCCCUCCUGCAUUACAUGGCCUCAGGCCUCCCAGAGCUACCGCUGCAUCGAAACCUUUGAAACCAAAGACACAAAGAACAAGACCUUCAAAGUCACUAAGAAGGAAAUAGUUGAAGUGUUAAUCAAGGACAUGACUGGGUGGUGGCUAGUGGAGAACGCAGACAAGCAGAUAGCCUGGUUCCCAGCCUCCUAUCUGGAAGAGAUUAAUGUCCACAAGGACAUCCAUAAUGCCUUCUGCUCAGACAAGGAGGGCAGCCUGUACUUCGUUGUGAGGGCCUAUGAGUCUCAGAAGGCAGAUGAGCUCUCACUGAACAAUGGAGUCGUGGUGGAGGUGGUCAGGAAAUCUGAGGAUGGCUGGUGGCUUAUCCGAUACAACAACUGUACUGGCUACCUGCCCUCCAUGUGCCUCCAACCAUACAAGAACCCCCAUCACAAGCUCCAGACCAUCAUGAACUGUGGGCUCAACAUCUCCACCCCAAACCUCUGCUCCUCCCUGAUGGCUCCACACUCUCUGGGUGAGCACAGGGUCCAGGCUUGCUCUUCCCUUGCCUGUGAAGAGGACCUGAACCCUCUGAGAGGCAGAUCAAGGUCUCUGCCCAGGGCCAGCUCCACCCCAGACUUGGAGUCAGACAGCACAUCCCUCAGCUCGGGGAGCAGCAGUGAGCAGGAAGGACGGCUGAGCUGGCAGCCUGACCUGUCAAGAUCCCUGCCUGAAGUGGAGCAGGCCCGGAGCCCUCCCCUGGGACAGGCCUUGGCCAUGCACAGCACCAAGUCUCCGCGCCUCACCCCCAAGGACAGGAACGAUUCUGGCUUUGUGGAGUCAUCUGCAGCUGAUCUCAGCUCCUCCCUCACCGACCCAGACGUGGCCACUUGUGUCCCCAAGGUGCCUGCCCGCCCCUCGCCCCAGGAGAUCCUGCAGAGGUGCAGUACAGUGACCAAGCGCGCAGUGCAGCGCUCCGGGCUCUGCUCCCCAGCUCCAGCAUGUGUUCUGGGAGGCACGGAUCCAGCCCCGGACCAGGCAUCCCCUCAUCACUAACACCCCAUGGGAUCCCUGGAGCAGCAGCAUCGUUAUCCAAGGACACUGUUAGAUCCUAAGGAACUCUAGGGAGUGGCUGUACUGGAGGAUUGAGUCGUUUAACUUGGAGGGGAGUCAAGGCAGCUCCUGUGUAAGUCAGAGGUCACUUUGAACACGGUUAAUUCUCCCUCAGGCAGGUAUUCACACUCAUUCCUGCGUUAUUCCCCAUGCUACAGCCACCAGGAGAGCAGAGGAGUGAAACCCAGACACUAAGGGACUCGGUGAAAUCCAAAGCUACCAUUAUUGGUAGGGGCGGGAUGAUGCUGCCAUGUGAAUGUCAUUUACUUGAACCCCUAUUUUAUACAUUUUUAUAAAACUCUUU